CCACGGAGCCAUUUUGUACUCAUUUUAAAACGCAGUGUGGGUUAACGCAGCCGCUGCGCGCCCUGGACACACGGAGACCAUGGACACCGAGCGUCUUUUCCCACGUUGAAAGUUCACCAUGAGGAAUAAAAGCAAAACGCAGUGUUGGGAGAGGGAGAGUUAAUGCGUCCGUGGGGGUGCUGCGGGGAAGUUGAACGGGAUUCGGCAGGUUUAGAAGCAUGGAGUCACCACCGAUGUGUUGGAUUUGGGUUUGUGCCCUGCUCAGCGUGCCGCUCGCGGGCUGUUUGGAGAUGCACCUCUCGGAGACUCUGCGGCCCGGGACCCUUUUGGCAAACCUGUCGCUGGGCCCCGGGUGGACUUACAAAAUUGACAGGACUUUAUCAGCUAACUUCAUCCAGAAACUUUUCCAGGUGGGGAGGCAGGACGGGGUCGUCCGCCUGUCCCACGGAGGAGUUCAGUGCGCGCACACACCGAGGAACCCUGCGCCUGUUUAUUUCAGGACAGGCUCCUCGACAUCUGGGGACGUUGUUCUGACACAGUUUAAUGUGUUUGUCCACGGCAAAGACUGUUCUGUUAAAUACAAGAGAAGGAAAGCCACAGGUAAGCCCGACAUUCACAUUAAACACCUUUCCGAACUGGAGGCAACUUCCUGCUUACCCGCAGGUAAAUUGCUGCUGAACGUGACAGAACUCUUGCCCGCAUUUACGCGGAGCGUCGCCUUUUUGGACACUGAAUGUCCUGGGAGCGACAUGGUUGCAGUGUUCCGGCGUGGGGAUUUGUUCCUGGCCAGGGACUUGUGUCUUGAGCACAGAGGGCAGCCCGAAGUUAACUUGCACUGCGCGUUGCACAGCUCUCCAGGCGGUCGCCUCUCCGCCUUGCUCAGUUUGACGCUCGUAAAAGCGCCCGAGCAACACGGCUCCUCAUCAGAAACCGUCCAGAUAAAGUCAGGCAGAUUGAGCCACAGGGGAAAGCGACAGGUAAACGCGUCUCCCCAGUUCCAGCUCCCCAACUAUCAGGUGUCCGUGCCCGAGAAUGAGCCUGCGGGCACGCGCGUUAUCACCCUGAAAGCCACUGACCCGGAUGAUGGAGAGGCAGGGAGGCUGGAGUACAGCAUGGAGGCCCUCUUUGACAGCAGGUCCAAUGACUUUUUCUACAUCGACUCCCAGACAGGGAGCAUAACCACCACCCAGCCAUUGGAUAGAGAAGUCAAAGACACCCACGUUUUCAAAGUCACAGUGACAGACAACGGCACCCCAAAGAGAUCCGCCACUUCUUACCUCACUGUCACCGUGAGCGACACCAAUGAUCAUAGCCCGGUGUUUGAGCAAACCGAGUACCGCGUCAGCAUCCGAGAGAAUGUCGAGGUGGGUUUCGAAGUGAUGACAAUACGGGCCACUGAUGGAGACGCUCCCUCCAACGCCAACAUGAUUUAUAAAAUUGUGAACGCUGAGGGAGUGAACUCUGUGUUUGAAAUCGACCCGCGCAACGGCCUGGUGAGGAUCAGAGAGAGGCCUGACAGAGAGACGCGGUCCCAGUACCAGCUGAUUGUUGAAGCCAACGACCAGGGCAAAGACCCAGGCCCCCGCAGUGCCACCGCCACUGUCAACAUCUCAGUGGAGGAUGAGAACGACAACUACCCACAGUUCAGUGAAAAGAGGUAUGUGGUUCAGGUCCCAGAGAAUGUGGCAGUCAACACAAAGGUCAUCCAAGUGGAGGCCACAGACAAAGACGAGGGGAACAACGCCAAAGUCCAUUACAGCAUCAUCAGUGGGAACGUUAAAGGGCAGUUCUACAUCCACUCCCCCACCGGUGUGAUCGAUGUCAUCAAUCCUCUGGACUAUGAGAUGAUCAGGGAAUAUAACUUGCGGAUUAAGGCUCAAGACGGUGGCAGGCCGCCGCUAAUAAAUGGCACAGGAAUGGUGGUGGUGCAAGUGGUGGACGUGAACGACAACGCCCCAAUGUUCGUCAGCACGCCUUUCCAAGCUACUGUGUUGGAAAAUGUGGCCAUUGGUUACUCUGUGAUCCACAUUCAAGCUAUUGAUGGCGACUCUGGAGAAAAUGCUCGGCUGGAUUAUCGGCUCACUGACACAACACCUGGUUUCCCAUUCACCAUCAACAACAGCACAGGCUGGAUCACUGUGAGCGAAGAGCUUGACAGAGAGACCACAGACUUCUACACCUUCGGCGUGGAAGCGAGAGAUCACGGGGUACCAGUGAUGUCCUCCUCCGCCAGCGUCAGCAUCACGGUGCUUGACGUGAACGACAACGUGCCCACGUUUACAGAGAAAAUCUACUCACUGAAAAUCAAUGAGGAUGCCGUGGUGGGGACAAGCGUGUUGACGGUGACAGCCGUGGAUCGGGACGUCAACAGUGUCGUUACCUAUCAGAUCUCCAGCGGCAACACCAGGAACCGCUUUGCCAUCACCAGCCAGAGCGGCGGCGGCCUCAUCACCUUGGCCCUCCCCUUGGACUACAAACAGGAACGCCAGUACGUCCUGACAGUCACCGCCAGCGAUGGGACACGCUAUGACACAGCACAGGUGUUCAUCAAUGUGACGGACGCCAACACGCAUCGGCCCGUCUUCCAAAGUGCCAACUACCAGGUGAUGCUCAGUGAAGAAAAGCUGGUGGGUUCCACUGUGGUGGUGAUCAGCGCAACGGAUGAGGACACAGGGGAAAAUGCUCGUAUCACGUACGUGAUGGAAGACAACGUUCCCCAGUUUAAAAUUGAUCCGGAUACAGGCGCCAUCACGACGCAAAUGGAGAUCGACUAUGAAGACCAGGCCUCCUAUACGUUGGCCAUUAUUGCUCGAGACAACGGUAUCCCUCAGAAGUCUGACACCACCUAUGUGGAGAUUAUCAUCCUUGAUGCUAAUGACAAUGCUCCUCAGUUCCUCAGGGACAUGUACCAGGGGACUGUAUUUGAAGAUGCACCUGUCUACACCAGUGUUCUCCAGAUAUCUGCUUCAGACAGAGACUCUGGGUCGAACGGCAGGUUGAGCUAUACGUUUCAGGGCGGCGAUGAUGGAGAGGGGGAUUUUUUCAUUGAGCCCUACUCUGGUAUCAUCAGAACUGCUCGCAAACUGGACCGGGAGAACGUCCCUGUGUAUAAUCUCAAGGCCUUUGCGGUAGAUAAGGGAGUUCCACCACUGAAAGCAGCGGUUUCCAUUCAUGUUGUAGUGCAAGACAUAAAUGACAAUGCUCCAGUGUUUGAGAAGGAUGAGCUCUUUAUCGAUGUGUCGGAGAACAGCCCCGUCGGUUCCGUUGUGGCCCGGAUCACUGCCGCGGAUCCCGAUGAGGGCACCAAUGCUCAGAUCAUGUAUCAGAUCGUGGAGGGGAAUAUCCCUGAAGUUUUCCAGCUGGACAUUUUUAACGGCGACCUGACUGCACUCACAGAUCUGGAUUAUGAGACCAAAACAGAGUACGUCAUAGUGGUGCAGGCCACCUCAGCGCCACUUGUGAGCAGGGCCACUGUUCACAUCCGCCUGGUAGACAUGAAUGACAAUAAGCCUGUGCUGCAGGACUUUGAGAUUAUUUUCAACAACUACGUCACCAACAAGUCCAACAGUUUUCCAUCAGGAAUAAUAGGAAAGGUACCAGCUCAUGACCCGGAUGUAUCGGAUAAGCUACGGUACAAGUUUGAGUCUGGAAAUGAGCUCCGUCUGCUCCUGUUGAACGAGGACACUGGGGAUCUGAGGCUGAGCAGGGACCUGGACAAUGACAGGCCCCUGGAAGCCCCCAUGACCAUUUCCGUCUCAGAUGGUCUCCAUCGCGUUGUGGCCCUCUGCACGCUGCGCGUCAACAUCAUCACCGAUGACAUGCUGACCAACAGCAUCACUGUGCGUCUGGAGAACAUGUCCCAGGAGCGCUUCCUCUCUCCCCUGCUCAGCCUCUUCCUGGAGGGCGUAGCGGCUGUGCUCUCCACCAAGCGGGAGUCGGUGUUUGUGUUCAACAUCCAAAAUGACACUGACGUGCAAGGCGCCAUCCUCAACGUGACCUUCUCGGCCAUGCAGCCUGGAGGUGCCCCGGGUAAAGGGACCUUCUUCCCUUCUGAGGAGCUGCAGGAGCAGAUCUACCUCAACAGGACUCUGCUCAGGCUGAUAUCAUCUCAGGAGGUGUUGCCGUUUGACGACAACAUCUGCCUCCGCGAGCCCUGCGAGAACUACAUGAAGUGUGUAUCGGUGCUGAAGUUCGACAGCUCCCCUCCCUUCAUCGCCUCCGAGACGGUUUUAUUUCGGCCCAUCCACCCCAUCAACGGGCUGCGCUGCCGCUGUCCGCUCGGCUUCACCGGGGACUACUGCGAGACCGAGAUCGACCUGUGCUACACUGGACCGUGCAAGAACAACGGCAGGUGCCGCAGCCGGGAGGGAGGAUACACCUGCGAGUGCCUGGAAGACUUCACCGGCGAACACUGCGAGCUGAACGCAUCAUCGGGCCGCUGUGUGCCGGGCGUGUGCAAGAACGGAGGCAAGUGCGUCAACCGGCUGGCGGGUGGUUUUAUGUGCCAGUGUCCACAGGGGGAGUACGAGAAGCCCUACUGUGAGAUGACCACCCGCAGCUUCCCCGGACAGUCCUUCAUCACCUUCAGAGGCCUACGGCAAAGGUUCCACUUCACUGUCUCUUUUGCGUUUUCCACCAGAGAAAGAAAGGCUCUGCUUCUCUACAAUGGCAGAUUCAAUGAGAAACACGAUUUCAUCGCCCUGGAGAUCAUCGACGAACAGAUUCAGCUCACCUUCUCCGGAGGUGAGACAAAGACCACAGUGUCUCCCUACAUCCCAGGCGGGGUUAGCGACGGCCAGUGGCACUCUGUUCAGCUCCAUUACUACAACAAGGGCGGGGGGAGUCUGGUGGACUCCAGUGGGGCUCUGCGGUUCCCACUCUAUACCGCCUGGCUGGAGCUCAAUCAGAAGGAGCCUAACAUCGGGCGUCUAGGCAUCCCUCAUGGACCCUCUGGAGAAAAGGUGGCCGUGGUCGCGGUGGAUGACUGCGACAUUUCCAUGGCGAUUCGCUUCGGAAAGCAAAUCGGCAAUUACUCCUGUGCUGCCCAAGGCACCCAGACCGGACAGAAGAAGUCGCUGGACUUGACAGGACCGCUGUUGCUCGGCGGCGUUCCCAACCUGCCCGAGGACUUCCCAGUCAGGAACAGGGACUUUGUGGGCUGCAUGAGAAACCUCAGCAUCGAUAACAAGCCCAUCGACAUGGCCAGCUACAUCGCCAACAACGGCACCACGGAAGGAUGUCCCGCAAAGAAAAACUUUUGCACAAACGAUGUGUGUCAGAAUGGAGGAGUGUGUGUCAGCAAGUGGAACACCUACAGCUGCGACUGCCCAACCGGUUACGGCGGCAAGAACUGUGAACAAGUCAUGCCGUCUCCUCAGUUCUUCGAUGGUCAGGCGCUGGUUUCCUGGACUGACCCAGACAUCACCGUCGCUGUUCCCUGGUACAUUGGCCUCAUGUUCCGCACCAGGCAGCCUGCUGGCACCCUUAUACAGGCCACUGUUGGACCUUCCUCAACCAUCAACCUCAUGGUGAGCGAGCAACACGUCCGAAUGGAAGUGUUGCUGAGGCAGCACCUGGUGGCGUCGCUGAGCUUCCCCCAGGUCCGCGUCAAUGACGGGGAGUGGCACCACUUGCUGGUAGAAUUAAGGAGUAUCAAAGACGGCAAGGACAUCAAAUACAUGGCCACAGUCUCCCUGGACUACAACAUGUACCAGAAGUCAGUGGAGAUUGGUAAUGAACUACCAGGUCUGAAGCUGCAAACUCUUCACGUCGGAGGUUUGCCUGGAGAGGGAAACCACGUGAACAAAGGAUUUGUUGGCUGCAUACAGGGUGUGCGUAUGGGCGAGACGUCCACCAAUUUAGCCAACGUGAACAUGGCCCGGGGCCUGAAGAUCCGCGUGGAGGACGGCUGCGACUUGGACGACCCCUGCGACUCGAACAUUUGCCCCGACAACAGCCACUGCAGCGACGACUGGAGCACAUACAGCUGUGUCUGUGACCCAGGUUUCUUCGGUAAGGAGUGUGUGGAUGCUUGUCAGCUCAACCCCUGUGAGCAUGUUUCCACCUGCGUUCGCAAACCGAGCUCCUCCCAUGGCUACACCUGCGAAUGUGGACAGAACUACUACGGCCAGUACUGUGAAAACAAAGCGGAAAAGCCGUGUCCCCAAGGCUGGUGGGGCAGUCCAAUGUGUGGUCCGUGUAACUGUGAUACUAACAGAGGAUUUCACAAAGACUGCAACAAGACCACUGGCGAGUGUCGCUGCAAGGAAAACCACUAUCGCCCCGAGGGUGAGGACACUUGCUACCCCUGUGAGUGUUUCUCCGUGGGCUCUGAGUCUCGGACCUGCGACCCUGUCACCGGGCAGUGUCCCUGUAAGGGAGGGGUCAUAGGUCGUCAGUGCAACCGCUGCGAUAACCCCUUUGCUGAGGUCACCACCACUGGAUGUGAAGUGGUUUACGAGGGUUGUCCCAAGGCGUUUGACGCAGGCAUCUGGUGGCCCAAGACCAAAUUUGGACGCCCCGCAGCCAUGAACUGCCCCAAAGGAUCCAUCGGCACUGCCAUCCGCCACUGUAGUGAUGAGAAAGGCUGGUUGACGCCUGAACUCUUCAACUGCACCACCGUCACCUUUUCCCACCUGAAGAAGCUGAAUGAGGACCUGCGGCGCAACAGUUCAAGGAUGGACAGCGAGCACUCCAAGAACAUCGUGCGCCUGCUCAACGGCGCCACCAGCAACACCCCGCAUUACUACGGCAACGACGUGAAGAUGGCCGCUCAGCUGCUGAAUCACGUGCUGUCGUACGAGAGCCGGCAGGCGGGAUUCGACCUCACCGCCAUGAGGGAUGCAGAGUUCAAUGAGAAUUUGGUGCGAGCGGGCAGUGCCAUCCUGGAUCCCGACACCAAGGAGCACUGGGAGCAUAUCCAGAAGACCGAGGGCGGCACCGCGCAUCUGCUCCGAAACUUCGAGGACUACGCCAACACGCUGGCGCAGAACGUCAGGAAAACCUACCUGAAACCCUUCACUAUCGUGACUGACAACAUGAUUCUGACCGUGGACUACCUGGACGUGUCGGACCCGGAGAGGGCGUCAUUCCCUCGGUUCCAGGACAUCCAGGAGGCUUACCCCAAAGAGCUUGGGUCCUACGUCCACUUCCCCGAGUUCAACUUCCGCCCUCUGGGCCACAGAGCUGAGCCCACUCCGGCCCCUCCAACUCAGACAGAUCCCCCCCAGGAGGAGGAGGAGCACACAGUGUCUGAUAGGAGACGCCGGCACCUCGAGCCAACUGCCCCUCUGCCGGUUGCCGUGGUGAUAGUGUACAAAUCGCUGGGAAAACUGCUCCCGGAGAGAUACGACCCUGAUCGCAGGAGCCUGAGGCUCCCCAACCGCCCCGUGAUCAACACGGCCAUAGUGAGCGCCAUAGUCCACAGCGAGAGCCCGCCCCUCCCUCCCACCCUGGACCCCCCCAUCACCCUGGAGUACACCCUGCUUGAGACGGAGGAGAGGACCAAGCCUGUCUGCGUCUUUUGGAACCACUCCAUCGCGAUCGCAGGGACAGGCGGCUGGUCUUCUAAAGGCUGCGAGGUGCUGAACAGAAACAACAGCCACAUCAGCUGUCAGUGUAAUCACCUGACCAGCUUCGCCGUGCUGAUGGAUAUCUCCAAGAGAGAGCACGGCGACGUUCUCCCACUGAAGAUCGUCACCUACACCACGGUGUCCGUCUCCCUCGCCCUUCUCCUCCUCACCUUCAUCUUGUUGUGCCUCCUGCGCCGGCUCCGCUCCAACCUCCACGCCAUCCACCGGAACCUGGUGGCGGCGCUCUUUUUCUCCGAGCUCGUCUUCCUGCUCGGCAUCAACCAGACAGACAACCCGUUUGUGUGCACAGUGAUCGCCAUCCUCCUCCAUUACUUCUACAUGUGCACCUUUGCCUGGAUGUUCGUCGAAGGGCUGCACAUCUACCGCAUGUUGACUGAGCUACGCAACAUCAACCAUGGCCACAUGAGGUUCUACUACGCCAUAGGCUGGGGCAUCCCGGCUAUCAUCACUGGUCUGGCAGUAGGUCUUGACCCUCAGGGAUACGGGAACCCAGAUUUCUGUUGGCUUUCCGUCCAUGACACACUCAUCUGGAGCUUCGCAGGACCCAUCUUUGUCGUCGUCCUGGUGAACAUAGUGAUCUUCAUCCUCUCUGCAAAGGCCUCCUGUGGUCGCAGGCAGAAGGCUAUGGAGAAGUCGGGAGCUAUCCCUGCACUUCGAAUGGCCUUCCUCCUCUUGCUGCUCAUCAGCGCUACCUGGAUGCUCGGUCUGAUGGCAGUGAACAGCAACGUGAUGACUUUCCACUACCUUUUCGCACUCUUCAGUUGCCUUCAGGGAGUCUUCAUCUUCUUCUUCCACGUGGUCUUCAACAAAGAGGUGAGGAACAACCUCAAGAACGUCUUGACAGGAAAGAAGAGCGUACCGGACGAGUCCAGCACCACGAGGGCGUCUUUGCUCACACGUUCCCUCAACUGCAACAACACGUACACAGAAGACGGGCCGCUGUACCGCUCGGGCAUCGGAGAGUCCACUGUCUCCCUGGACAGUACGCUCAGGUCAGCUAAGAGCCGCAGCAGCUACCUGGCUUACACACUCAGGGAGGAGACAGGCCAGAAGCCCAGUGUCUCCUCGGGAACAGCUAAAGGACGCACAGACCUGGAUGGACCUCUGUUCCACAGAAACGGCACCAAGGGAGACGACUCUGACUCAGACAGUGAGCUGUCAGCGGACGAACACAGCUCCUCCUACGCCUCCUCCCACUCCUCCGACAGCGAGGACGAUGACAUCGACGUCAAGCCCAAAUGGAACAACGAGAGGCAGCCCGUUCACAGCACACCUAAAGUGGAUUCAGUGUCCAAUCACAUGAAGCCUUACUGGCCGGCAGACGCCACCACAGCCAGUGACAGCGAGGACCCCGGAGGGGCCCAGAGACUGAGGGUGGAGACCAAGGUCAACGUGGAGCUGCACGCAGAGAACAAGCUGAACCACACUGGAGAGAGGGAGUCGGACCAGGAGAGGGACCAGCAGACACUCAGCAAUGCGAAAGACGCAGCGGCCCCUGGCCAACCCAACUGCAACAGCAACCAUCACCCAGAGCAGAGAAAAAAAGGCAUCUUAAAGAACAAGAUCACCUACCCUCCUCCGCUGACCGACAAGAACAUGAAGAACCGCCUGAGGGAGAAGCUGAGCGACUACAACCCGCCCACCAUCACCUCCCCUCCCCCCUACAACAACAACACCACCGCCUCGUCCCCGCUGCCUCCCUCCGUCAACAUCAUGACCCCGUCGUCCCGGCCGCCCUCGCUGGCCUCCAACGAGGGCGGUCGCCCCAGCGGCAACCACGACAACAGCUCCCUCAUCAAGCCGCCCAUCGCGGCGCGGCCGCAGAUCCCCGGCGGCCCGCCGCCGGCGGCUGGCGGCUACCGGGAGACCAACGGUGGGGUGGCCAUGCACUUGAAGUCAGGGACGGUCAACGGUGGCCACGAGUCUGACUCAGAGUAAUGGCAGUAACGAGACUUCGAUCUGAAAACCCAGACCAGCCUGCCCUUGUGAAAGAAGGAGCGAGCGGGGGGGAAACCUGCUGGUUGGAGGAGAAAGCCAAGAGAGGGGAAUCAGAUGGGAGAAGAAAGUAGAUUGAGGAGUUACUGAGGACAGGGUGAAAUGAGGAAAAAAAAAAAGGUUGUUCCUCAGGCCUUAUCUGUCCAUCUGUCCCUCCUCCCGUGUGUCGUCCCCCCCCCCCCUCUCCGGAGAGCAGUAUUAAUCGCAGACUUAAAGACUUGCCUGGGACAAGAGAAGAAGCAGAGAUAUUGAAAAGAUAUGAAAAAUAAUAAAGGGAAUACUUUGUCGGGACCGUACCAUAAGAGAGAAUGAAAUGGAACCACGUGUGCCAAAACCACUAAAGUAAAUGGGGACGGAGAGUCGCAAGAUGGAAUAAUUCCCCCCCAGAAUGCAUUGCAAGCCCUCCAAAAGGAUCAUUGUUGUGAGGGGGGUCUGCGAAGGGGCAAAAGCCGGACAAUACUUUGGGAACUUUUCUUCUUUCUCGUGGAGAAUGUCAGACGUGUAAUCACUGUGCGUAAACCACACGAGCCGGUACAGUCUCUUUUGUAGUCCGAGCGGAUUUCACGGUCGACCACAGCGCUCCCCUCAGAGAGUUCUUCUCACGGACACUUCCAAGCCGGCGAUGCCGAAUGAAGCCAUCACACACCAAGUGCUAUUUUCUUCUUCUUCCUCCUCUUCUUCUUCUGAACUCAAAGAAAGGCGUCCCCAGCCUCUUGAUCCAGUGCGUUUAGAGUGUAAUUAAUGUGUAGAUAUGGUUAAAGGUGAAGAAGAAAUGAUCUAUUUUGUAUUUCCGCUGUAGCGAGGACAAGUUUCUACACUUAAAAAAAUGCGUUGCAUCGGGGAAUGUUUUCCUAUUGUGAAAAUCACUUGAUAUGCUGGUUUAAUCGACCGAGAACAAUUACCUGCGUGCCUUCAGGCCUCAAUCCAGGACACACACACACACUCACCCACACAUUUACUGUAUUUGCCCGGACAUGGAUUUCAGGUGAUGUAACACACAUAUACACAUACAUGUGUGUGGAGGGAGUUUUUCAGUUGGAGCACUAUGAACCUGAAGCCUUUUCUUCCAGGGUCCGUCCUGCCGGUUUGUUCAACGCAACACACACAUGUUCCUGCUUACCAAAGUCAUGAAAUACAGUAAAUGUGCAGUGGGGUCGGUUCACUUUGAGCUCAGUUUCAUUCCUAAAUGGUAAAAAAUGUAAAGCACAUAAUUAGAAGAUGGAUUUAAUUUUUUUAGCAUUUUUUUAAAAUACAGAAUUGAUGUAAAUUUACCCCUUUAUACGAAAACAAAUCUUUUUUCUUUACUGGAUUUCUGAAUCUGAAUUCAAAGUGAAAACAACACCACCUCUGAUACUUUUUUGCAGCUUUUAUAAGACGACUCAAAAGUCCGGUUUACCACUGAACGCCUUAGUACUUUACAAACUGUACACCCUCAGUGUUUUGCCCUCGCGCUGUCCAUGCUGCCGAUGAACUUGUCCUUGUUGUUCUAUUGAUCCGAGACACUGGAAAUGUUUUGUAACAUAAUGUAUAUUUAUUUUUUAUGGUUUUAAGACACUGGAAAGAAAAAAGAUGAUUGUGACUGUAAAAUUAAAGACGCCAUGAUGACUUUUUAAAA